GAUCCGCCCGUCUCGGCCUCCCAAAGUGCUGGGAUUACAGGCUUGAGCCACCGCGCCCGGCUGAUAUUUUUCAUUUCUUAACAAGAAUGACUGAAUCUACAGUGCCUCUAAUAAUUGAUCAGAAUAAAAUUGUACCUCAACUUGGACACAGAGACACUAGUUCCCUCAAUGAGGAAACAGUUUUACCUCUGGAUAUUUUUGAGUUAAUUAAAAAACUUUAGUCCCAGGCUAUUAAUAUUUUUCUUAUAGCGUGUCUCUUCUGUCUCAAGAAAUUUUACUUAACUUUUUUAUUCUGAACUCAGGGUCAUAUUUUCACCAUCUGUUAAACAGAACCACAUUUAUUUUGAACCUACCAUGGAAAAGGUAUCAUGUGAUGUAACUCUGACAACGUGAACUUUGGAGCCUGGUAGACUGGGUUUGACUUAACACCACUAAAACUCUAAUUCUGUAUGCAUAAAGUGAAAUAAUAAUGAUUUUAACAACACAUAGAUGAAAGGUUUGUUGUGCAAAUUACCUGCUUCUGCACAUUACAUGCUUCCUUAUAACAAUACUUGCUAACAUGUAUUAAGUGUUUACCUGGGGCCAGUUCAGUGCUAAGUACCAUUGAAACAUAAUCUCAUCUAAUUUUCAUAGCCACUUGAGAUAAAUAUUUCAAAUUCAUUUUGAAAAAUAAACCUGAAGAAGCUUUUUCAUGUUCUCAUAGCUAAAAGUUGGCAGAGCUAGAAUUUAAACCUUUAUUAAUUUUAGUCCAAAUCUCAUGCUCUUGCUCAUAUUCUAUUUUAAUUAAUAAGCAGAAUAUGUGUUUCUUGGACUUUAUCUACCUCACAGUAUCCAGUGCAGUGAACUGUACUUUGGUUCCCCCAGGAGAUGUCUGUGUAGUGAGUGCUAUCUGCCUCUGAUCAUAUGGACACUGUCUUUCCAGGGUUCUUGGAGUCUCUGCAGAGUCCCUGGGCCAGAUCUCAUAGUGAAGGCUGCAGGAUCUUCCUUCUGACCCCAGCAGUCCCCGUUGAGUCCACUGAUUCCACUGGAAUUAUAGAGUUAUCAGCAAGAAAGCCCCAGGGCUGACGUCCAAGUCCGUCGGGAACAUGCCAGCUAAUGAGGACGCUCCCCAGCCAGGGGAACAUGGCAGUGCCUGUGAGGUAUCAGUGUCAUUUGAGGAUGUGACUGUGGACUUCAGUAGAGAGGAGUGGCAGCAACUGGACUCUACACAAAGACGCCUGUACCAGGAUGUAAUGUUGGAGAACUACAGCCACCUGCUCUCAGUAGGGUUUGAAGUUCCCAAACCAGAGGUCAUCUUCAAGUUGGAGCAAGGAGAGGGGCCAUGGACAUUGGAAGGGGAAGCCCCACAUCAGAGCUGUUCAGAUGGGAAAUUUGGAAUUAAGCCUUCCCAGAAGAGAAUUUCUGGAAAAUCUACACUUCAUAGUGAAAUGGAGGGUGAAGAUACAAGAGAUGAUUCAUUAUACUCUAUUUUAGAAGAAUUGUGGCAAGAUGCUGAAGAGAUAAAGAGAUGUCAGGAAAAACAAAACAAACUUCUGAGUCGCACCUCUUUCCUCAAUAAGAAAAUAUUGAAUACAGAGUGGGAUUAUGAAUAUAAAGACAUUGGAAAAUUUGUUCAUCCAAGCCCAAACCACAUUCUUUCACAGAAAAGACCCCAUAAACGUGAUUCAUUUGGGAAGAGUUUUAAGCAUAAUUUAGACUUACAUAUUCAUAAUAAAAGCAAUGCAGCAAAGAACCUGGAUAAAACUAUUGGGCAUGGUCAGGUUUUCACCCAGAGCUCUUCUUAUAAUCACCACGAAAAUACACAUACAGGAGUGAAGUUCUGUGAACGUAAUCAAUGUGGAAAAGUCCUCAGCCUCAAACGCUCACUCAGUCAAAAUGUGAAAUUUCCCAUUGGAGAGAAAGCGAACACAUGUACUGAAUUUGGGAAGAUCUUCACCCAGAGGUCACACUUCUUUGCUCCUCAGAAAAUUCAUACUGUGGAAAAACCUCAUGAGCUUAGCAAAUGUGUAAAUGUUUUUACACAGAAGCCACUACUCAGUAUAUAUCUGAGAGUUCACAGAGAUGAAAAACUCUACAUAUGUACUAAAUGUGGGAAGGCCUUCAUCCAGAAUUCAGAAUUAAUUAUGCAUGAGAAAACUCAUACUAGAGAGAAACCCUAUAAAUGCAAUGAAUGUGGGAAAUCAUUUUUCCAGGUGUCAUCUCUACUCAGGCAUCAGACAACUCAUACUGGAGAAAAACUCUUUGAAUGCAGUGAAUGUGGUAAAGGCUUCUCCCUGAACUCAGCCCUCAAUAUACAUCAGAAAAUUCACACUGGAGAGAGACAUCACAAAUGCAGUGAGUGUGGGAAAGCCUUUACCCAAAAAUCAACCCUCAGGAUGCAUCAGAGAAUUCAUACAGGAGAGAGGUCCUAUAUCUGUACUCAAUGUGGGCAGGCCUUCAUCCAGAAGGCACACUUGAUUGCACAUCAAAGAAUUCAUACUGGAGAGAAGCCUUAUGAAUGCAGUGACUGUGGGAAAUCUUUCCCUUCUAAGUCACAACUCCAGAUGCAUAAGCGAAUUCACACAGGAGAGAAACCCUAUAUAUGCACUGAAUGUGGGAAGGCUUUCACCAACAGGUCAAAUCUCAAUACUCACCAGAAGUCUCAUACUGGAGAAAAGUCUUAUAUAUGUGCUGAAUGUGGGAAGGCCUUCACCGACAGGUCAAAUUUCAAUAAACACCAGACCAUUCACACUGGAGAGAAACCCUAUGUUUGUGCUGAUUGUGGGAGGGCCUUCAUCCAGAAGUCAGAGCUGAUUACACAUCAGAGAAUUCAUACUACAGAGAAGCCUUAUAAAUGUCCUGACUGUGAGAAAUCCUUCUCCAAGAAACCACAUCUCAAAGUACAUCAACGAAUUCACACAGGGGAGAAACCAUAUAUAUGUGCAGAAUGUGGGAAAGCCUUCACUGAUAGGUCAAAUUUCAAUAAACAUCAGACAAUUCAUACUGGAGAUAAACCGUAUAAAUGCAGUGACUGUGGAAAGGGCUUCACCCAGAAAUCAGUUCUCAGUAUGCAUCGCAAUAUUCAUACAUGAAAGUAAUCCUGUUUCUUGAAAAUGAGAGCCUUAUAAGGCUGACAAAGGUCAGGUCUAACUAUAUAUUACAAAAUUCAUCCAAGAGAGAUCCUAUAUGAAUAUGUUGUAUAAGGAAAAGUAUCAGGCUAUCUAACUUGAGAUGGAAAAAAUUAUUCAGAAGAAACUCUCUUAAA